AUGCAAUCGGCGAUUGAGAUUGUCGAACACCGCGACGUCAUGACAUUUCGCUUAGGCGAUCCGAUCCUUGGCCUGACCCUGACGGGCCUUUUGCUUGUCGAAGCCGUGCUCUGGACACGUCAGUUGAGGUAUCAAAUGAUCUCCUCUCUGGCAUGUCGGAACGCCGGCUGGAUAGACGAGGACAAGACUCAACACCGGGAGCGCUUCGAGUGUGGACAAGCUUAA